AUGAGCAAAGCAGCUGCCGUUAAGGAGGCUGUCAAGGAGAGCCUCCUUGGCGCCGAGGAGCCCGUCCAGCUGUCUGCGCAGACAAAGGCGAGAUUCGUUGCCAAUGCUGUCAAGGAUGAGGUGUCAGGAGAGCUCUACAUGGGCCCCGACGAGUUCACCAAGGCUGUUGCGCCCGAGGAUGAAGAUUUCCACAAAAUCAAGCGCGAACAGUACGGAAUUCUCUUCGGCAUCGCCGACCGUAAGGGUUCCGGCAAGGUUACCCUCUCCGAGUGGGCCGCCUUUGAGAACCUCCUGAUCAAGCCCGACGCCGAGUACGAGAUCGCCUUCCGCCUCUUCGACGUCGAUAGAACCGGCAAUGUCAAGUACGAGGACUUCCGAAAGCUCUAUGAGCUAAACAAGGGCCCCGACAGCAUUCCUUUUGACUGGGAGUGCGAAUGGGCCAAGUUGUACAUUGGCAGCAAGAAGAAGCGCCAUCACAUGGACUACCCCCAAUUCUCCCAGAUGCUGCGUGGUCUGCAGGGCGAGCGCAUCCGCCAGGCUUUCCAGCUGUUCGACAAGGAUGGCGAUGGAUUCAUUGACCCCGAGGACUUUGAGCGCAUUAUUCGCGAGACUUCCAAGCACAAGCUCUCUGACCACCUUCUCGAGAACCUGUCGACUCUUUGCAACAUCUCGCUUGGAAGCAAGGUUUCCUACGCCAACGUUCGCGCCUUCCAGAACAUGAUUAAGGAGAUUGAUCUGGUUGAACUGAUUGUGCGCCGUGCUUGCGCCAAGAGUUCCGACGGCAAGAUCACAAGGACGGAAUUCCUCAACCAGGCCGCCAAAAUCACUCGCUUCUCCCUCUUCACCCCCAUGGAAGCCGACAUUCUCUUCCACUUCGCCAGCCUUGACGAGCCCUCUGGUCGCCUUGGCCUCGGCGACUUUGCCAAGGUCCUCGACCCAUCAUGGAGAAACGCUGCCUACGAGGCUGACGAUGCUGCUUCGCAAGUUCUUGCCAAGAGCGCCGGAGCUUCCAAGGCUGUUCUCGCAUCGAUUCUCGAAUCCGCAUACAACUUUGGUCUCGGUAGUUUGGCAGGUGCCUUCGGAGCGUUCAUGGUCUACCCCAUUGACCUUGUAAAGACCCGUCUCCAGAACCAAAGAAGCGCCAGACCGGGAGAAAGAUUGUAUAAGAACUCGAUCGAUUGCUUCCAGAAGGUGUGGAGGAACGAGGGGCCCCGAGGCCUCUACUCGGGUGUUGUACCCCAGCUCAUUGGUGUUGCGCCAGAGAAGGCCAUUAAGCUGACGGUGAACGACAUUGUGCGUACAUACUUCACCAACAAGGAGGGCAAGAUCUGGACUGGCCAUGAAAUUCUUGCUGGUGGUACUGCUGGUGCAUGCCAAGUUGUCUUCACAAACCCCCUCGAGAUUGUCAAGAUUCGUCUCCAGGUCCAGGGUGAGGUCGCCAAGACUGUUGAGGGCGCGCCCAAGAGGUCGGCUAUGUGGAUUGUGCGCAACUUGGGUCUCGUUGGUCUCUACAAGGGUGCCUCCGCGUGCUUGUUGCGUGAUGUUCCCUUCUCGGCCAUCUACUUCCCUACUUACAGCCACUUGAAGAAGGAUCUCUUUGGCGAGUCUCCGACUAAGAAGCUGGGAGUUGUCCAGCUGCUUACCGCUGGUGCCAUUGCUGGUAUGCCCGCUGCCUACCUCACCACCCCCUGCGACGUCAUCAAGACUCGUCUUCAGGUCGAGGCUCGCAAGGGCGAGGCCACCUACACUGGUCUCCGUCAUGCUGCCAAGACUAUCUGGAAGGAGGAGGGCUUCCGCGCCUUCUUCAAGGGCGGCCCUGCCAGAAUCUUCCGUUCUUCCCCGCAGUUCGGUUUCACUCUCGCCGCCUACGAGGUUUUGCAGAACGUUAUCCCCUAUCCCGGCAAGCCUGAGAGCUCCAAGGUCCACACCGGUGUUGGCGAUGCCAUCUCUACCUUGAAGGAGAAGCUCGACACUAGCCCCUUUGCCCGCAGCCGCAACGCCCUCAAGAUCAUCUUGGACAUUGAUGAGGACUUUGGAAAGGUCAAGGUCCCUAGCCAGGAGAGUUGGAAGAAGCUUCCUGCCUUCAUGCAGACGAACGAAAACACCUCUUCAUGA